AUCAGACAGGAUCAUGACAGUCGUGAGGGGAUUCCUCCUUAAAACUCGGCCAAAGAAAUUAUUUGACGACGCUACCUACAACUUGCUACUGCAAAUUUGGGCAAACAGAAGAUUUCGAACUUCGAAUUCGUUUCAGGGUAGUCACUGCUGCUGCCUGCUAUGUGGUGGAAUGUCUAUGGAAGCCAUGCCCAUCUCGAUUUUGGUAACAGUCAUCGGCAGAAAAGAAGCAAGCCACUGAGUAGAUAGGUAGCCCAUGUUCUUAGAUCCUUAAGGAGAGAUCAGCAAGAACCGAAUGAGUUAGAUCACAGAGAUGAUGAAGACACCCCGAGCUCUGUCCCCAAUCAAUAAAAUCCGAGACAUUCUGGAGGAAAUGGGUGAUGAUGACGUUGAUGAUGGCCCAACUGGGGUUGCAAGGAAACGCCUUGAAGAUCAGUCGCAGGGCCGCCGUUACGGUAAUAUCAUAGGAAGCCUAUCUCUUGAAGGACUCCAGGUCGUACGUGUCCAGAAGGGUUCGAUUCUCUGCAACCUGGUCGUCCCUGAACACUUAGCUGAUCACAGAAGCGGAAAUUGGCACUGUGGAGCAUUAUCAACCCUAAUCGACCAUGUUGGGGUUAUAGCUAAUGUGUCGUUAAUUGGGAAUGAUGGCUACACGACUACUGUCGAUUUAAGCGUAUCCUUCCUUUCGACUGUUAAGAUUGGGGAAGAAGUAGAGAUUGAGGCCAAGGUUUUAGAUCAUAGAGGAAAGCUUACUUCAACAAUAGUGGAGGUCAGGAAGAAGGAGACUGCAGAGAUGGUUGCUUUAGGUAAGCAGUGGGUUUCUGUAGUCAAGGCGGAACGAAGUAAGCUUUGAUCUUUCAAGCUCUCAGAGAUUCUGUUUUUCUUCUACUCGCUUUGAAGCUUUACAGAAAGUACACUAAAGACCGAUUUCUGUUCUAUUUUGUGAUUUUAAACCCAGAUGAGACUUUCAUCUAUAUAUUGAAUGUAUACUGGUUGUACUGUUUUGUGAUCUCACAGUAAUGAAAUUUCCUUCCUGGAAA